UAGGAAUUUCUGUGGAACAACAAUCUCGAAUAAACUUGUAAGUUCAAUGCAAGUUCAAGUUCAGGACAUGAAUCAAGUAGUUUUAUUUAGGCCUAUCCGUUUCUGUUAGUAUAUGUUUUGAAAACCUAUGCAGGCAAAGAAAAGUGAUUGAGCUACAAAUAUGAGAAUCCAGUCAUACCAACAGUCAGCACAGAGACAGUUGUCAAAGUGACCAUGUGUUAGCCUACCUCCUCUGUGUCCAGCCGAGCUGGGUCACGUGAAGCAAGAGUCAGGGUUGAAGGAUUGAGCCAGGGAUUGUUUAGGGAUUAGUCAAUAGGAGCUUCACGGCAGAAAUUAAACAAGGGACACCAUAGCAAUGGGGUCACAUGAUACCAGGGGCAAUAAGAAAGCAUAGAGUCACUGCGACUAUAAUCCAAGAACAACAUGCCAGCCCUGACGCCAGACAGAUGCCCAGUUGCUCUCGCUCUCUCGUUCUCUCGCUCUCACUCCCACUCAAUCGCUCUCGUUCUCUCUCUAAUUCACCCAGCUGAAUACAGUUUCAUUCCAGAAAGAAGGUAACCGCUGUUCUGUCACACAGCAGCUGUUGAGCAGCCCCUGGCCUAGCUAGAUGUAUGUGCGUGUACGGACUUGACCGUCUUGCUGAGUGUUUGUGUUUGUGUUUAUUGGGACUGGGGGUUAAGACCCUCCUCUUAUAGGGCUAGUGUUUUUGCGGACUAGGGAUUUGAGACCCUCAUCACGUCACUCUGAGAGGGUUGUCUGUGUGUGUGUGGAGAGGGGUUAUUCUGUGUGUGUGCGUGGGACCUAGCUCCAAGCUGGCGGAGGGCGAGGACUACGAUUGCUGGGAUCAGAUGAUCCAUCUUCAGCUGACCAGCUCAGGGGACUGGCCGGCACCCUGUGACUCCCAGCGGGUGGAGAUGCCCAGGAGAGAGAUGGAGGUGGUGAAGGGUCAGGUGGUGGUCCUGCAGGCUUGGUACAGCCCCACAUCUGAUAUCGGCAGGAACAGUGUCAUCUGGAACUUCAUGGCCAACGACUCCAAGCAGGUCAUCUCCUACAGUAAUGGUGAGCCAGGGAUAGGUAGUCCUGAGUUCAGGAAGCGUGUUGGGUUCAGCCUGUCCAUGCCCUCGGCCAAUCUCUCCAUCUACAUCAACAACACCCAGGAGUCAGACUCAGGACGAUACCUCUGCAAUGUCAUCAUCCCUGGAGCCGCCGGACUCUCUGGAGAAAUGCGCCUUAAUGUCAAAGUCCCUCCCUCGCCUCCAGUGUGCUUGAUGACUGGGUCAUCUGUCCUGAACGGCAACGUGACACUGAGCUGUAAGUCCAGCUCGGGCAAACCCAUCCCUCAGUACAAGUGGACCAAGAAUGCCCCCAUGUCAGAGGUCUUCUUUUCCCCCAUGCAGAAUGAGAGGCAAGGCACCCUCAGGCUGAGUAACCUCACUAAGAGCAUGUCAGGGAAAUAUGUGUGCCGAGCUAGCAACACUGCCGGCUCUGACACUUGCUCUAUCAACCUGGAGGUCUUCACCUCCUCUAAUGCUGGAGCGAUUGUUGCUGCUACUCUGGGGUCCAUCGUGGCACUGGUAGCCAUCAUACUCUUCCUCAUCUUCAUACUGAGGAGGAGAGACCAUGAAGAGGAGGAGCUAGCCAAUGAUAUCAAGGAGGAUGCCCAGGCACCCAAGCGUGUUUCCUGGGCAAAGAGCGGCACAGGCUCAGACCUCCUCUCCAAAAAUGGCACGCUGUCUUCCAUAGCCACGACCCCACAUCUACGAGACCCCCAGCAGCCCAACAACUUCCGCUACCCCUACCCCACUGCUCCGGCCUCUGACACAGGCUCUGUGUUCAAUGCCUACCGCCUUCGGCCUGGAGAGCCCAACCCCUUGCAGGGCCUCCCAGGAUACAUCAGUGGCACACCUCCACCCAGGCACACCAGACCCCUCUGUGUUGCAAACAACAUUGAUGCCACCUCUCCACACAGGCACAGUCGACCCCCCAGUUCUAACCACAUCAGUGGGACUCUACCCCCUGGCCACACCCGGCCCCUCAGCACUAGUAUCAUUGUUGACACCCCUCCCCAUGGGUUCAGUCAACCCCCCAGUCCUAACCAUGUUGGUGUCACCUCUCCACAUGGGCACAGCAGACCCCCUAGCUCUAACAACAUUGGUACCCCCUCCCCACAUGGGAACAGUCAACCCCCAAGUUCUAACAAUAUCGGUGCCCCCUCUCCACAUGGGCACAGCAGACUACCAAGCUCGAACCACAUUGGCGGUAGCGCUCCACACAGGCACAGUCGACCUCCCAGUUCCAACCACAGCCGACCUGCCAGCAUCAGUAGCAUUCCUCACUAUGGACACAGCAGAACCUCCAGUUCCAACGGUGCCCCACCCCAUUCCCCACCUGGCCACAUGGUCACAGACCCUGACAAGACUGAGGGGGCCCAGCCCCAGGUGCCACACCCUCUCACCUCACCAAUCAGCUCCACCACCCUGGCCCGUAUAGGUGCUGUGCCCGCUCAGAGCCAGGCUGGAUCACUGGUAUAGCCCACUGGAGUGUCUCACGUUUUACUUUUGAACACAAACUGAAGCAAAUGCAUAAAGACUUCCUCAAAGUAAAACUGUAUAGAGUAGAGAAGGAUUUGCUACAAAUUAAAAUCACUUUUCAUUGCAGUUGUUCAAAGUAGAAUGAAGAACUCAUGCUAAAGAAGACAAAUGAGAAAUUAUGACACUUGUGGAAUCGACUGUAUUCAAGUCUGCACAAGUUCAAAGACUUGUUUUAGCUGUUUUCAAAUACCAUGAUCAGAGUCUUUAAGGUUAAAACAAGGCCUAUUCUCUAAAACAUUGUUUGUGAAUCCAUAUAUUUGACUUAGUCGUGGCCAAAAGUUUUGAGAAUGACACAAAUAUUAAUUUCCUGCUUCAGUGUCUUUAGAUAUUUUUGUCAGAUGUUACUAUGGAAUACUGAGGUAUAAUUACAAGCAUUUCAUAAGUGUCAAAGGCUUUUAUUGACAAUUACAGGAAGUUGAUGCAAAGAGUCAAUAUUUUCAGUAUUGACCCUUCUUUUUCAAGACCUCUGCAAUCCACCCUGGCAUGCUGUCAAUUAACUUCUGGGCCACAUGACCUGACUGAUGGCAGCCUAUUCUGCAAUAAUCAAUGCUUGGAGUUUGUCAGAAUGUGUGGGUUUUUGUUUGUCCACACGCCUCUUGAGGAUUGACCACAAGUUCUCAAUGGGAUUAAGGUCUGGGGAGUUUCAAAUCAAAUGUAUUUAUAUAGCCCUUCAUACAUCAGCUCAUAUCUGAAAGUGCUGUGCAGAAACCCAGCCUUGUGAACAUAUUUAAAUACAGUAUAAAAUACAUGUUUUUGGAAAAAGGUUUUGUAUUUCAAUUUCAACCAGAACAUUUAUUUUUUACACUUGUACAGCGGUUGAAAAACUGUGUUUUUGUAUCUGAAUAAAAACUGGCCAUGGACCCAAAAUAUCAAUGUUUUGUUCCCUGAGCCACGUAGUUAUCACUUUUGCCUUAUGGCAAGGUGCUCCUUCAUGCUGGAAAA